AUGUCAAAUAAUUGUUCAUUAAAACACAACUAUAUUGGUGAUUGUGUUGAGGGGGGGACCACGAAAAAAGGGGAAGGAAGUUUGCAUAAGGAUUUUAUUGAUGGUGUGGAGGAAAAAAAGGGUCACGACCUUGCUUUUAGUUUUGAAGGGGGUAAGGUACCCAAUUUCAACGAUGGUUUCAAUACUCUACAUGAAAUUGGUGGAAUUAAAGGGAAAAGAAGGACCAUAUCUAUCAAAGGCCGUGCUCAGAAUGUGGUAAAAAAUAAGAAGAGUAGUGAGGCCAAUAAUGGACAAAAGGGUGGUUUGUCUGAGAAGAACGAUGUGGUUGUUGAUAAGGAAAGCUAUGAAAGGAGGGUUCAUGAUCCUGAUAUUAUUUUUCUUGUGGAAUCGAAGCUUUCUAGAACUCAGGCGGAGAGAUUGGUGUUUAAUCUGAACUUGGAAAAUUGGUGGGCGGUUGAUCGGUGUGGGUUGAGUGGGGGGCUCCUCCUCCUGUGGAAGACGGAUGUGAGCCUCAAGGUGCUUUCGUGGUCGACUGGGCAUAUUGCUGCUAUGGUUUUAGGGAAGGGCAUGCUACCGUGGCUUUUCUCUGGUUUCUAUGGUAAUCUUGAUCAAUCUAAGAGAUCUAUUUCAUGGGAUCUUCUUAGAAAGAUUAGGAGUAUCCAGGCGGGGGCUUGUUUAUGUAUGGGUGAUUUCAAUGAGAUUAGUCUGAAUUCGGAUAAAAUUGGGGGCAAUUCAAGGAGUAGUUUGGCGAUGGAAAAUUUCAGAAAGGCCUUAGAUGAUUGUGGGCUUAUGGAUUUUGGGUCUGUUAGUCAAGAAAUGACGUGGCAUGGUAGAGGAAUCUUGGAGAGGCUUGACCGGGCAUUAUGUAACAAGGAGUGGUUUGAUCUGUUUCCUAAUGCUUAUGUGGAAGUUCUUGAUUGGUUGUGCUCGAAUCAUAGGCCAAUUCUUGCUCAUUUCAAGGAGAGAGAUUCGGAGGAUAAAUGUGGGUUGGUCAAAAGAAACACAAGAUUUCAUUUUGAAGAAGCUUGGUAUGAGGAUUCUCACUGCAGGAAGGUGGUGUCGGAGUGUUGGGAGAAGGCCGGUUCUUGUAGGAGUGCUAUGGGGAUUAAAAAUAAGAUUUUGAGAUGUGGUAAUUCUUUGAAAGCCUGGAAGAUCAAGAGAAAGAAAGAUUGGAACAGGGAGCAGAGGGAGGCAAAAAAGGUGCUUUCGAAUCUUUCCAAAGCGAAUGACCCUAGCUUGUGGAAAGCCUUAAAAGAGACGGAGGAUAAGAUCAUUUGUCUUGAGGAGAAAGAGGAGAUGUACUGGAGACAAAGAAGCAGGGCCCUGUGGUUGAAAAAUGGUGAUCGAAACUCUAAGUACUUCCGCUAUAAAGCUUCUGCUAGAAGAAAGAAAAACACUAUCCUAGGAUUGCGAGAUGCUAUGGGAGUUUGGAAAGAUGAGGAGAUUAUUGUGGAAAAAGUGAUCUGUGACUACUUUAGUAAUUUAUUCUCUUCGUCGGAGGUUUCUUUUGAGGAGAUGGCAGGGGUGAUUUCUGGGAUGGAAAAGAAGAUCUCGGAUAGUAUGAAUAGUUUUCUUGAGACGGACUUCACUGAAGAGGAGGUUAUUACUGCAAUAAAAAAUAUGAAUCCGACCAAAGCUCCCGGUACUGAUGGUCUUCCUGCUCUGUUUUAUCAGAAAUUCUGGAAUGAAGUAAAUAAGGAUGUGGUUGGGGUGUGCCUUAGUGUCCUUAAUGGAGGAGGUUCCAUUGAUUGCUUGAAUGAUACAUUGAUUGCACUGAUUCCUAAAGUGGAGAAACCGGAAAGGAUUGAGCAGUUUAGGCCCAUUAGUCUGUGCAAUGUGAUUUAUAAGAUAAUCUCAAAGUGUAUGGCGGACCAUAUGAGGAUUUCGAUGGGGGAUGCGAUCUUUGAAGCUCAGAGUGCUUUUGUCCCUGGUAGAGUGAUUCAGAAUAAUGCGAUUAUCGGUUUCGAGGCACUUCAUUGUUUGAGGAAAAAUUACUAUGGAAAUGGUACGAAGUUAGCUCUCAAACUGGAUAUGGCAAAAGCUUAUGAUAGAGUUGAAUGGAACUUUGUGGAGGCGGUUAUGCUUAAGUUGGGUUAUUGCGGGAGUUGGGUUGAAAAAGUUAUGCGGUGUGUGAGAUCUAUAACUUUUUCUAUUCUACUCAAUGGCAAUAUCAAAGGGAAUAUAAAGCCAUCGAGAGGUCUAAAGCAGGGACCCUUUGUCACCGUUCCUCUUCCUUUUUUGUGUCGAAGCCUUCUCUUCUCAAAUCAGAAGUGUGGAGGAAAAUGUCUGGUUUUCUUGGAAGCUGAUGAGAGGAACUGUUUGGAGUUUAAGCGGAUUUUGGAGUCGUACUCAAAGGUAUCGGGGCAAGUUAUUAACAUCGAUAAAUCGGAUGUUAGUUUUGGCAAAUCUGUUGGUUUGGAGUAUAAGAAAAGGAUGGCUGAGUUACUUAAUGUAAAUCUGGCCAUUCCUACUUACGUUAUGAGUUGUUUCAAGAUUCCUAAGAAGAUUAUUGAUAGUCUCCAUGGAAUGGCUGCUAGAUUUUGGUGGGGGUCUACUGACAAAAAAAGGAAGAUUCACUGGUGUAAGUGGGACGUUCUAUGUUUACCUAAGGAUAAGGGUGGUCUGGGGUUCAGAAAUCUUCAUCUUUUCAAUCAAGCAAUGUUAGCUAAGCAGGUGUGGCGUUUUCUAAGAAGCCCUAGUUCGUUAUGCGCCCGUGUUCUGAAAGCUUGUUACUUUCCUAAUGGAUCGAUUUUAGAUGCAAAUUGUGGGUCCAAUGCUUCCUGUGUUUGGCACAGUCUGGUGUGGGGUAAAUCAAUUAUAAACCAGGGGUCCAGAUGGAGAAUUGGGAAUGGCAAUAGUGUAAAUGUGCUGAAAGACCCUUGGAUCCCUAGACCCAGAACGUUUCGGAUUUUUGAUCAAAAUUUUGUUCGUGAGGAUCUUCAUGUUAUUGAUCUUAAGCAUGAGAAUGGUGAUUGGGAUGAGGUGAUGCUCAAGUGCCUGUUUAAUGAAGAGAAUGCUAAUCUGAUUCUUAGUUUGCCCUGUUCUGAUACAAAUCUGGAGGAUAAAUUAAGGAAAUUAAAUUGCGACAAAAUCUGUUCUCGUUGUUCUCGUGGUGGGAGUGAGGAUGUGGCUCAUGCGUUAUGGAGAUGUAAGGAGAGUACCAAAAUUUGGAAGGCUUCUUUCUUUUGGCAAAAAAUCAAAAGCUGUGAAAUUGAUCCUGGUCUUUUUAUUAUGCAUAUGAACUCUGUUCUGAACAAAAGAGAGUUUGAGUUAUUUGUCAUCAUUUCUUGGCAAAUCUGGUUUUUGAGAAACAGGGCUCGGCUAGGAGAGAGGGGUCCGAAACCCAGUGAUGUGGUUGAGUGGUGUUCCUCUUUCUGGGUUAAUUUUGGGGCUGUGAAUGGGAAAUCCAGGAAGCUUUCGGUGAAGAGGGAGAACAACAAGUGGAAGCCUCCUGACAUGGAGUGGCUCAAGGUGAAUGUGGAUGUUGGAGUUCAGAAGGAAGAUGGAUCUUGGAAACUUGCUGCUGUUGCUAGGAACUGGCGUGGGCAGGUCCAGGGAGUCCGGUUGAAGGUGCUUCGAAGUCGGGUGGAGCCGAUGGUGGCUGAAUUGUGGGCGAUUUUGGAAGGGAUGAAGCUCGGUGGGGAUCUGAUCGGGGCGUGUUUUGGAGUGGAGUCCGAUUGUUUUGGGGCUGUUGGUGCGAUCUGUAAGCCGUCCCCUGGGAUUUUUGACUGGGAUGGUGUUCUUGAUUCCAUCUCCUCGCUGGCCCAUGUUUCCAAUUUCAGGGGGGUUUCUUUUGUCUGUCGUGAAGCUAAUCGUUUGGCUCACUGCUUGGCCAAGUCGUCCCAAGUGCUGGGUUCUAGUGCCGUUUGGAAUGAGGCUCUGCCUCUUGAUGCAUCUGCUGUGGCCAUUGCAGAGAUGCCUAUUCCGUGA